AGCUGUGGAUGGCUCUGGCUGCGGGCUGAGGGCUCAGGCGGCCGUUUCCCCGCGGGUGUACGCGGCAGCCCAGCGCCCUCGGGGGCGGGGGGCACCAGGCGGGGACCCCUGGGUGGGAGCUGGCCCCCCUGCGCCAGGUCCCUUCCUGAAAUCCUCCAUCUCAUAGCUGAGGCUGUAAUACGCUACACUAGUUCAGGCUUUGUUUGCCCCACACUGCUCACUGUUUUUUUUCCGGAAGGACGGAAUGAUUUGUCAACGAAACGGGUAGUCCCUGUCCCUUGUCAUACACGUAUUAAAUAUGAAAAGGUUUAAGAGAAGACUGACUGUAGAAGAAACUUUUAGAACAGCAGAGUAACAAACGUUGUGAGCAUCAGUUUUAUCCUGGUUCGCCUUAGGUUGGGUUAGGCAUCUUGCAGGGAAGAAAUUUGUGUUUGCCUCCACAUAAAGAGAUUUGCAGUUAUGCACAGCAGUUACAGGCUGCCCAGUAGAGAGAGUUACCUUGUAACAGCAGUGAUGUCUUGUUAUAGUUGCACUUAAUGGAGCACAUUUUGUAGCCAAAAUUGUAAUUUUUUUUUUCUGUGACUUGAAUUUUUAUGGUUAUGACCUCAGAUACAGAAAAACGUUCAUAGUCUAAUUUCUUCUUGUAUAAAGAAUGGAGAGGUGACUAAUAAUGCAAUGGAUAUUUUCCUUUUGUUUGUUUCUUUUCAUCUUUUCAAUAUCCCCUUGAUGAAGGAAAGAAGACUUGUAAGAUGAUUUACAAGAAGGCCAGUUUUAAGUGUUCUUUUUAGUCUUUGAACAAAGGGGAGAUGUUCUUUUCACUGUAAUGUAGUCAGUGUUUUGUCACCUGCUUGCUACAGUUUGUAACUGAUUUUUAUUUAUAAGGUACUGUUUCACAAGGUACAGCUUACUAUUAUGAAAAGGUCCAGGUCCCUUUUACCACAGCAUCAUGCAAUGGUUUAGGCUGGAAGGGACUUUUAAAUCUAAUGAAGUCUAACCGCCCUGCUGUGGGCUGGGACAACUUCCACUACAUCAGGUUGCUCAAAGUCGUGUCCAGUGUGGCCUUGAACAUUCCCAGUGAUGGGGCAUCCACAACUUCCAUGGCCAACUUGCCCCAGUGUCUACAGAAUUUCUUCCUUACCUCCAGUAUAAAUCUACCCUCUUAAUAUUUAAAACAGUUGCACCUUGUCCUGUCACUACAGGCCCUGGUAAAAGGUCUCUCCAUCUUUCUUAUAAGCCCCCUUUAUGUAUUGAAAGGCCACAGUAAGGUCUGCCUGGAGCUUUCUCUCCUCCAGGCUGAACAACCCCUACUUUCUCAGCUUUUCUCCAUACGAGAAUUGCUCCAUCCCUCCGAACAUUUUUGUGGCCCUCCUCUGGACCUGCUCCAACAGGUCCAUGUCUUUCCUGUGCCGAGGACUCCAGGUGGGGUCUCACCUGAGCAGAGUAGAGGGGUAGAAUCACCUCCCCUGAUCUGGUAGCCACGCUUCUUUUGAUGCAGCCCAGGGUCGGACGGGCUGUCUGGCCUGCAAGCAUACAUUAUUGGCUCAUUUCCAGUUUUUCAUCCACCAACACCCCCAAGUCCUUUUCUGCAGGGCUGCUCUCAAUCCCUUCAUCUCCCAGCCUGUAUUGAUACUGAGGGUUGCCCUGACCCCGGUGCAGGACAUUGCACUUGGCCUUGUUAAGCCUCAUGAGGUUCGCUUUGGCCCACCUCUCUAGCCUGUCAGAGUCCCUCUGGAUGGCAUCUCUUCCCUAUAGCAUAUCAACUGCAUCACUCAGCUUGGUGUCAUCCACAAACUUGUGAGGUUGCACUCAGUCCUGCUCUCUAUGUCAUUGAUCAAGAUAUUAAAUAGUAUUGGUCUAAUACAGACCCCUGAGGGACGCCACUCAUUACUGGUUUCUACUUGGGACAUUGAACUCUUUGGAUGUGGCCACGCGGCCAAUUCCUUAGCCAUCUAACAGUCCAUCCAUCAAACCCAUAUCUCUGCAGUCCUUCCCCUCUUCUGUCUUCUGCCCUGUCAGCUCUUUAGCUCAUUGAACCUUCUCACAGGCCAAUUUAACUCACUAGAAUAGUAGAAAAACUUGUGCUUUACUGACGUUUCUGCUGGUUUGUGAGCUCAUUUAGCUUGUGGAAAGUCUGAUAAGGAUGUGAGCUGUCAGAGAAGGUAGGGGGGAGAGAAAGAAGAGAAGAGAGACCUCCCUAUUCUGCAGCAGUGAGCCAUUAGAUCAACUCCUCUACUCAAGGAAACGUAACAAUAGCCUUAGUAAUUUUAUCAGGUCCAUAGCAUAUUUUGCAUUACAUUUUUCAAGUAUCCAGGAUAAAAGAAGGAAAGUAGCAUAAAUGAUUUUAAAUGUGACUCUGUAAGCUUGAAAGCACAUUCCUGUGUGCUUUCCCAUCUGUAAUACGGAUACUACACAUUGCUACAAUGGGUUGUUUCAGUACUUGAUACAGCAGUCUUUUAAUUGUCUGUUUUUCUUGGCAGCUGUUGAUCUGAUGCCCAAUUUUUGUACAUUGUGCAAAGUUCACUAAUAACUUGCUGUAAUGUUACAAAUACUGCAAAGUACAGGCAGGCCACUUGGUACAACUCUGCCUAUCUAGUACUGGCAGAUCAGUUUUAUUUGCUUGUUGUGUUUAUGUCCUUGAAAUAAAAGGACAAUUAAUACUUUUUAAAUGUUCAUUAUAUUCAAAAGUGCAAUAAAAGUCUUUACGCCAGUACUAUAGUACUAUUGCUGGGUGAUAAUAGUUGAGGGAGGUAUCGUACAUCUCAGAACAGUAUUUAAAUGAUAAAAAGAAGAGCAGAAGUAACAGAGAACAUAACCAAAAAAAAAAAUUGCUUUCCUUUUGAGAGGUAUAAUGGGGACCUGCAAAGAAAUAAAUACAUUUUAUAAAACGCAGGCAUACUUAAAAAGGAAUAACCUGCAGGUUGUUAGUGUUACUAACCUUUCAGUGUGUGUUGUAUUUGUGUGGUGAGAAAUUGCCUGGAGUUACAGUUGUGUGAUCUAUGUAUUUUAUUUACUCUGGACAGCUGAGACUGCUUCAGGCCAAGGAACUGAGUAAAAGUCCCCUGAACAAGUUAGAGGCAUUUUUUUUUACUAGCUAUAGAAUGGAGGGUAAAGUUUUUCAGUGUUUUAGUGUGGUUGGUAUCUGCACAAAUUGUAUAAAAAAACUCAAGGUGCUCACUUGACUAUUAUACGGUAAGAGAGUUGAGUCACAGUGUAAUAGUACUGUUGCCACUGCAUGAAAAAUUGGGGAGCUUGGCUUUCCUUUAUAGUCCAACAAGCUUGUAUACUUUAAGCUAAUUCAUUAAUUUUUACCUUGAGUGAGUCUGGGACCAUGGUGUUUCUUGCACAUCUUCCAACUCUACUUGGAAAACUAAGAAUGCGCUCUAAGGCAUGUGGGUUGAUGUUUUUAUGUUCUUACCUUCCAUUACGGCCAUUAGUUUUAUGAGUCAGGGUAUCUUUGUACGCUGCAGCAUGGUAAUGCUGAAUGCAUUGAACGUGUCCUUAUCAUCUCAUUUUGACUUUCUCUUUAGUUGCCAUUAGAGAUUGAUUUGAAAUGAGUUGUUAAAUUUUUCCUAGUGCUCUUUUUUUUAUUCAUGUUCUGUUGGAUUUUAGCAUUCUGUUCAGUUCUAUAGGGUCAAUCCUUGCCCAGUAUUAUAAACAGUUUGGGUUGAACUGGUAUUUACACAGGUCUCCAAGAAUAUCUUGGGAAAUUUCUUUUUUUGAAAGGAAGUAUGAUCUGAGUUAGUGCUAUAGUGUAAGAAAGGGUUGAAAGGACAUCAUGGUGUGGGAGAGGAUGUUGUUCAGUGAAAGUGAUGAAAAGGGAACAGUCAUGGCUGAAAGAUAUUACAUUGAUGACUUCACAAUUCAACUUGCCUUAAUUAUGUCCUACAUCUUAGAGAGAUGUAUUUAUUCUAGUUAGUUCCAUUUGAAGUCAGCAGGAGCAGAACUGGAUCCCUGUAGUUCUAAAUCUCUGUUUUUCUGGUUGAUUCAGGGUGUAGUUAGCCUCAGUGCCAGUGAAGGAGUGGACUUAGGGAUAUGCCUUCUGACGUGCAUCUGGUUCUUACUGAAGUUGUCCUCCAUAAAUGUGUCUCUGUGCAUGUGUGAUGUGUGAGAAAGGCAAAAUUUCCCCCUGAAUUUGAGAAAUCAUUUGAAAUAGAAUGUUCAAUGUCACUUGUAAAAUAUGCAAUGGAGUUAUAGAGCAAUGGUAACUGUGGAAGAGCUUUAGUUUGCUAGGAAGUCUGUAACCCUGUUAAAAUGACAUUAGAGGUUUCAAAAAAGUGGCAGUGGCAGCAGGAUGCCCUUCUGUAGUUAAAAAUUGCAAUGUUUGCAGGAUAAACUUUUAAUAGUUUAUUAUGCAAUGAAUUCACUGUUUUGAAAGAUGCAACAGUGGGUUGGUUUUUUUUUUGUUUUUUUUUAAUGUUCCUCAGCAGCCAUCUAUAACUGUAUGGGAUCUUAUUGUAGCCAUUUUUAAACAAGUUCUUUCUUUGAGGCUUAGGUGCAGUAAGCUGAGAUGCUCAGGCAAAACACUGAUGUUUCUGUAAAGCAUAAUGCACUUGGAAAAUAUGCGAGACCUUGUAGAAAGCAAUGCGUAGAUAAGCUUGCAAAUUCAAGGCCUAAAGCUGUUAAAUCUGUUAGGUGACUUAAAGUUUUGAGUUCAUAAUCUGCGCUAGAAAGUAAAUAUUUUCAGUGAAGAAAAUACUCUUCUGAAUCCAUUUUCACAGAAUGUGCAGGCUGCAUUAUUGUUGGUGUAUUUUUUUCCCACAAAAUUUAUCUAAUUUUUCUUUAAUUGUUUUAUUCACUUCUUAUUUUUCAGGAGUCUUUGAAAAAUCCUUAGUGGUCAUGACAUUGUUACAAGUGACAUAAAUUAGCCAGUGGCUCAGAAUGAUGGAUACCCAGAAGACUACAAAUGGUUUGCAAGUGAUUGGAGAAGGGACUGGUAUAGGGAAAUCGACACUCCACAUGGUGGGGUAUUUGGGAAAAAAUUGUAAUCCUGUGGAAACAACUGCAUGUGAGUAUUGUCCAGCCUGCAAAGAGAAGGGCCAGAUCCAAGUUUUACGGACUUACCGCAUUAAUUUUCAAGAGUCCAUUCUUCUUUGUGAAAAUCCUCAGUGUAUCUAUCCACUUGGCUAUAAACCAUUAAACAGCAUAAUUAUUUCUGCUGGUUCAGAAAAUCAUCAAGUUCCAUCUGUCCAUAAGAAAAGGAAAUUGUGUGAUGUCAGUGACUGUUCUCCUUCUGAAUCACAUCCAAAAAAAUCAAGAACUAAUACUGUGGUAACAGUUGAGCACACUAACAAUACAGACCCUGUUGUCAGAUGUUAUCAGAAUAGUUUAUGCAUUCCCAAGUCAAGCCUACAUGAUGUAUUACAAAAUGACCAGCAAAAACCUAGUAACAAUGUGGAGUCCCGCAUGCAGAAGGCAGAUCUUGAAAAAACUGCCAACACCAACAGCUAUCAACAAAGUCCGCCUAGGACUUCUAGUCCCAAAACACAACUCUUGCCAAAUUCUGAACUUUUCUCAACAACGUCUGAAAUUUUGCUCAAAGAUGAUAAAGAUUCUGCUAAUAACACAGAUUUAUGUCUUCAGUGGAGAAACAUACAUAAUCUUUGUUGGUUAGAUUGUAUUUUGUCGGCACUAGCACACUUAGAAACAUUAAAAUGUGCUCUAGCAGAGGAAUAUAAUGAUGAGAAAUGUUUACUCCAGAAACUCUUAACAAACUAUAAUCAAGCAACUGUGCUUCUGAAUACCUGUAAAAGAAGUAAAGUAGAAGAUGUUCUUCCAAAAGCAGAAUCUUACCUCAGUGAAAUCAGAAACAGAAUGUUUACACAGCUUCAGCCUCAGCUUAAGUGUGAAUUGGGUAUGAAGGAGAGCCCAGUGUUUGCGCUCCCUCUACUCUUACGACUGGAUCAACAAGCUGAGAAACUAUUCUUGCAUUCUUUCUCAUGGAAGUUUGAAUGUUUAUGUUGUGGCUACAAAUACCAGGACCGAUGUAGGAAAACACUAACAACGUUCACAAAUAUAAUUGCUGAUUGGCAUCCACUUAACGCUAUUCAUGUUGGACCAUGUAAUAACUGUGGUGAUAGAUCUCAAAGAAGACAGAUGAUUUUGGAAAAAGUACCCUCAAUAUUAAUGAUACAUUUUGUAGAAGGCUUGCCACUUAACAACCUGAAGAACUAUUCAUUUCAGUUUGAAGAAGACACCUACCAAAUAACAUGUGUUGUUCAGUACCAAACAGAUAAGAAGCACUUCAUAACCUGGUCUUUGAAUCCGGAUGGAACUUGGCUUGAAUGUGAUGAUUUAAAGGGGCCAUAUUGCAAGAGACAUAAAAGAUUUGAAGUUCCUGCUUCAGAGAUUCAUAUUGUUAUCUGGGAAAAGAAAACAUUCCGUGUGCCAGAAAAACAGAAUUCGCAAUUCCAGAGUAAAAAUAUUGAAGAUUUUCUUCCUAAUAAUGUACCGUCAAAUUCCACAGCGUCACACUGUGGUUUUGGUAACACUGUAGACAAAAUACUUGCAGAACAUCACAAAGAAAAUUCUGUGAGAACUCCAGAUAAGAAACAGCAGCAGGCAGCUGAGGAUGAAGGUAUUGUUCAUCAUGGUUUAGAAAAUCUGGCACAUGAUGAUCUUGUAACACUGAUGCUUGAAGAAAUUCAAGUUGACUCAGAAGGUAAAUUGUUGCUGAACGGACAGAUGGUGGGAAAUAACUCUGUUGUUGAAACAGUCACACUGCAACAGCAGGGAUCAGCUUUUUCACCUAAUGCUCCAUGUACAGGAGAGUUUGCUGGAGCUAGUCUAUCUAUGAGCAAUAACUGCAUGUUAUAUGAAAAUUCCAGCAUUUGCUUACCUCUAGAAGAGUUGAACCCAGCAAAUUCUACUCCUGUGCCCAAAAUACAUGACCCUGACCCACCUGACUCAUUGCUUGCUCGAAGAACAGGCGACAGAACUGAUUUACCUAACAGAGAACAUGGAUUAAAUUCACAACUACAACUAAACAAGAAGUGUUCAACUGUAGAGAAUACUACACAAGAAUCACCCGACUUGAAAGAUGCAAGCAAAAUCAUAGUUAAUUCUCAGGUCACCAAUUCUUCUGCUGCCAAUAAUUCCUUUCAGCCUUCCCGCAAAGAUCAAAAAAGAGGAUUUGUAGGAAGCUGGGUAAAGAAAUUAUUAAACAAGAAUAAUUCUUUUAUGCCUUCAAGUGCCUCAGCUCUCAAGAAUGAGAAAAGUUGCAAAACUCCCUCAAUGCAAAAAAUAAGUGAAGUGUGGUUGCCAGUCAAAGGAGCAAGUAACUUUGGUGGAUUUCAAAGCAGAGGUACAAACAAAUCAACUGAGAUCCCGAAUUCAGUGGUUCCUCAGAACAGUAAUACUCAUCCGUUAUCAAAUUUCAAAGGAUUUUCUCAAAACACUUGUCUUCCAAGAGCAAGUCAUACCACUCUUGAAGGUCCAGCUUGGAAUAAGUUAGGAAGUACAUUGGGUACCUCAGGUAAAGUCACUCAGUUCCAUUCACCUAGCUUUAACUCUGGGAAGACAGAAGAGUCAGAUAGUGACAAAACAAAAAAACUUCGCCUAAAACUGUUGAAAAAACUUAAUGCUAAAAAGAAGAAGUUGGCUUCACUGGACAGGCUAGCAGUGGAACAGACGAAACAGGACAAACCUGUGAGUGGAGAUGUAAGCACCCAACCACAGACUGAAUCUCACAGUGACAGUGAAUUAUUGCAGAGCUUUUUAAGGGAACUGCAAUAUCAGAUUGGUGUUGCAGAUAAUGAAUCUGAAUUUAACGCAAACUCUGUAUCAGGGUGCACUAGCCAUAGUAACGGUGAUGAAAUACUGGCGGAAUUACUGUCCCCUACUUCAACUGUUGCUUCCUUAGAAGCUCAAAAAAGUGAAGAUGAAUGUAUGUAUAUGGAAAUGGUGGACAGCAGUGUUGCAAUGACAGUGUCUGGUGAGACCUGUGUGCCACUUGCAGCAAUGACAAGCAAGGACCACAAUUAUUACAGUCCUGUAAAGGACAGUAAUUCGGAACUUCAUACAAUAAGCAAACCCAGUGUGAAAAAACUUGCCUUUGAAAGUCCUACAAGGGAAGAUAUCCUUGAAGACCUGUUUUUCAUUUCAGGACCAAGCUCAAUGGCAGGUGACAUAGAUUUACCUCAUUUUGAUGAAACUCUGUUUGAAACUUGGUAAAUAUUCGGUUUCUUGGUUUUAAGUAAUUUUCAAUGUUAUGUAUAUUUUGAAGCAAAGCACUAUUAUAUUAUAUUUUCUAACUGAUUUAAUUGCACACUGGCUGUACUUGAACAAUUUAUAUUUGUGGUAUUUUAUUUUCCUUAAAAUUUUAUUGUAGCAGACAAAUAAGGUUUUAAUGCAUUUUAUUUUUCUAAGAAGCAGUUAUUUUAGCUGUCAGAUAUAAUGAUGAUUUUAAUUCAAAGCUCCUAUGAGUCUUAACUUUUGCUGCUUUUAAUGUGGAAAACUUACCCAUAUUCUACCAAGUUUGAGAAGUAAUGAACUUCAGUAGUCUUGAUGAUGUGAUGGUGUAAGAAGUAUUAUUUAAGUAGUAGUGAUUUAUUUUACAGGAUCACCUAGCUCCUGAAUUUAGUUUGUCUGAUGUUAAAAAAAAAAAAAAAAGGUACCUUCUGUGAUCAGGGAUGUAUGUUUGCAUCCUUUGAUACAAAGAUCAUUUGCAACACUAAACUCAAGCCUGGUAUUCUGUUAGAGACUCUGUUCUUUUUGGAAUUACUGUUCUACAAGCUCACCCUGAUGUAUACACAACACCCCUCAGAUCCAAGGAAGGGUGGAUAUAAGGUAGAAAUUUUCCUAUUUGAAGUUAUGGCAUAUACUGAGUUUUGAUCCUGAGUAACUGAAAAUAUAAUUUGGUAGAAUAUUUUUCUGAGCCAGGUUAUUUUAUAAGUAAAAUUAAUAAGAUUUGGGCCAGAGUUUGCAGCACUAAGAAAAAGUAUCAGAUGUGACUUUUAGUUAUUAAUAGCUGCAAAUUCACUAAUAAAAGAAAGGUUUCUAAGAAUUAAAGUUAACUGUAAGUUAGCACCUAUUACUGUUGUUACUCAAUUUUUCAUAACCAGAGCAGUGCACCCCGUCCAUAUACGAGCAUGCCAAGGAGAGGCAAGGUCAAUAGAAGGAAAGUAAUGGAAAAUGUAGCAAGACAGCAAUGAGUAAGCAGAGCAAUUCACAUCUUGGUGUUUCUGGUUUGUAUAGCUUUUGUUUUGCUAGCUGUGAGUCUAGCUAGACACAGAGCUGAGGGUAUUAUAUGCUAAAUCAGAUUAGCUGUACAUUUUUCUUGCACUUGGAAAUAACAAGGAUUUUAUCAGCAAGUCCUUGUUUCAGCCAUUUUUAGAGGUGUUCUGCAUUUUAUCAUUGUUUUAGAACCCAAGUCCAAACCAUGAAGUCUUCAGUCUUAGUCUUCCAGGAGGUGCAAUUGAACAGAACUGUUACUACAAGGCAUUGACUGCAGAUUUAAAUGGUCUUGGGUUGCUUGAACCAGGUUCAAAAAGUUCGAUAAACUGUCAGUAGCACUGAACUCACCUUGCCAUGCUGUUUCUGAUGCAAUUAUGUACCAGUUUAUCGGACUGGCACUUCAGACAAUGAAGGGUUUAAUUCUUGAAAUAUAAGUCUAUGUAAAGAACUUGAGCUCCCUUGUUUUAGAUGUUGUAAUUGGUAACGUUACAGCAGAGAACAAAUCAAUGGUUUCUGAAUGUAGUGCCACUAUACUGCUGGUGAAAUGUUUGCCUGUUUGAACUCCCCUAUUUAAAAAAAAAAAAAAAAAGGUGACUAAAAUUACAGUUUGAUUUAUCAGUGAAUAAAACAGGUGCCUCUGCAAGACUUGAGAGGGGUAAUAGGAUAUUUCUGCAGAGUUUUCCAACCAGUGGGUUCUAUAUAUGCAAACCGCUAAAGCGCAGUGUGUCCUCCAACCUUGACUGCUUCUUGCAGAGGUUUCCCCAAGCAGUGGGGAGCUGUCUUCAAGUGUAGAUACCAUCUGUGACCGACUGGAUUGCAGCUGCCUGCAGCUGUGAGGUGGAAACUCCUUCACCAGUGGCUCAGGGCAUGACACACACAGGGGUGAGCAAAGCAGCAAGCCUGGGAUUGGCGUGAUGCAGAAUGCGUAGGGCAACACGAAGAAGAGAAGAUGAGCGAGUCCUGGUGGUAAGGCCUAUAAUAAGAGAGAGGACUAUAAUAAGCAGAGAAGGGGAUGGGGGCACAUCCACUAUGCAUAUAUGCCUAGAGAGAAGCAAGAAUCUGGUCACCACUGGCAGCACCUCUGCAAACUGGUGUUAGGAGUCCUCUGUCUGCAGCCGUGUGGGAUACAGCAUGGGUAUGUGUAUGUAUAGAAGCUGCGUAAGCAAAUAAAUAGUAUUUGAGAUUAAAGCAAGUCUGAAACUAAA